UAUUUGAGUUAUAACUUGGCUCAAAUCACACCACAUAUAUAUAUAGUAUACAGGUACUUAGCCCAAGCCUAAGAAUUACUGGACUCCUCUGAUAAGAUAAAUUCAAACAAAGUGGGACUUCCAUCUAGGAAGAUGCAGCCCCUGAACAAGUUGGUGGCUAUCUCAAAACCUCAAAACCUGACUCUGGAUGAACAAAGUGAGGACCUGAGAGCAGAUGUGUCUUGGCAGCAGGAAAACACCCCAGUCAGGGAGACCUAUGACUCUGAGGCGUCUCGUCAAAAGUUCAGACAUUUCCAGUACUUGGGAGUGUCUGGGCCUCAUGAAGCCCUGAGCCAACUCUGGGAGCUCUGUCUUCAGUGGCUGAGACCAGAGGUUCAUACUAAGAAGCAGAUCCUAGAACUGUUGGUGCUGGAGCAAUUCCUGACAAUUCUCCCUGAAGAGGUCAGGACUUGGGUGAAUUUACAUCAUCCAAAGAACAGCAAAGAAGUGGUGACCCUCAUAGAAGAUGUAAUUGAAGACAAAGAUAUACCCUGCAAGGAUUCUGCCCUUCUCCGGAAGGUGAGUAUCAAGAAGGAGAAAAUGGAAGCAGACUCACUAACAGGCAAAUCCCAGGAGCCAGUGACAUUCAAAGAUGUGGUUGUGGAAUUCAGCGCGGAAGAGUGGGGGCAAUUGGACUCUGCUGUAAAGACCCUGUACAGGGAUGUGAUGCUGGAGAACUAUAGGAACCUCAGCUCAUUGCGUAAAGAGCUUCUAUUGUCCAAACCAGUUGAGGUCCCCAAGUUGGAGAGGAAGAUAAAAGGAUGGAUAAUGGAGCAAGAAAUCCCAAGAACAGCCAUACUGGACGCACAAAUAAUUUCAGAAAAUCAGGAUCCAGUUUCAAAGAGAAUUUCUGGAGCAGAAUCGUCCCAUGGAGAGAUAAUGACAACACUGACCCAAAAUAGACUUCCUUCUCUAGAUGCCUGGAAAAGUGAUGAUUGGUUACAUAGGAACUGGGACAUAAAUUUGCCACAAGACGCUUUCAUUCAUAAGACAAUCGAUACUGUGGAGGGAGACUUUGAAUAUAGUGAAAAUAAGAAAAGCUUUGAUGUUAAGACAGUUAACUCAGUUUUUGAUAGUCAACAAGGAGUUCCUAUGAGCAAGGGGUCCCCGAAGUGCAAUAAGUUUAAAACUAAUUUCAAAUUUAAUUUUGACUUACUAGGAAAGCAAUAUUCAGACUAUAAUGAAUGUGGGAAUGCCUUGAGCCUGAGUACAGAUAUUCAACACCCAAAAAGUCAUACCACAAGGAGUUGCUAUGCAUGUUUUCAGUGUGGGAAAGCCUUCAGCCGGAGUUCAUCCCUUGUUCGACAUCAGAUCAUUCACACAGGAGAGAAACCCUAUAAAUGUAGUAAAUGUGGGAGAUCCUUCAACCGACGAACAAACCUUAGUAAGCAUCAAAGAGGUCAUCCAGAAGUAAAGGCCUACAAAGGAAAUAAAUGUGAAACAGUCUUCAGUAAGAGUGAAGACAGUAAUAAACAUCCAAGUCUCUAUCCUAGAGAUAAUACUUAUGAAUGUGUUAACUGUGGAAAAUCCUUCAGCCGGAGCUCCUCACUUAUUCGACAUCAAAUGAUUCAUACCGGAGAGAAACCAUUUAAAUGUAACAAGUGUGAGAAAACCUUCAACAGGAAUUCAAACCUUAUUAAACACCAAAAACUUCAUACUCAGGAGAAGUCCUAUAACAAGUAAAUGUAAUAUUGCCUUUAGUCAGAGUGCAGAACUCAUUCAACAUGCAUGGACUUAUGCUGGAAGGAAUCCUAUGAAUAUGCAAAUGGAAAAAAGAAACUUUGUCAGAUUAUUCUCUAAUUGAUAAUGACAAAAUUAAUACUGGAGGGAAAUCUGUUAUUGGACAGAAAAAUCAGGCAGAUUUUCCUGGCUCCCAGAUGAAACCACAGAGUUUGAAAUUAAACAUAUCACCAUACAAGUGUUUUGUCUAUCAUUAUUCUGAUGUUCAUUACCAUCAUCUUUCUCUAGUUCAUAAAUAGGACCUAAUCUAUUGAGAAAGUCCAUAUUAGGGAGAAGCCAAGCAAUAUCCUUGGAGUUGAUAAAUUUAGUAAACCUCAAACUUUCAGUUCUUAAUAUGAAGGUCACAAGUAACCAGGAGAUCAUGAGAAAAUAGAAGGACAUUUCUAAGGACUGAACUCUGAAGUAAUGGCAGAGAUCAUAGUGACAACCAAUUACUCCACUCCAAUUAAUAUCUUUGGCUGCCCUGGUGCUCAGUGGGGACUACAAUUGGAAAGGGUAAUCAACUACAAAAGGAGGUGGAUGUAUUGUUGUUAAUCUACAUGUAUUUUUUUAAGAUAUGAAUUUUUUUAGAAGUAUUCUUUGGGAUCUAGGCUGGAGGACAUCCAUAGCCCUAGGUCUAUCAUUUAUCCUAAACAUUUAAAGGUCAAUAAAGUGUCCUCAAGUGGGACACAGGCCCCGCCACCACCCCAGAGAAAAAGCCCACCAAAUCGCAGCCGACGCUGCCGUGGCGCAAAAUGCAGCUCACAGCCCAGCCCAGCCUGCAAACAGUGGCUGUGGGCACCAGGUAAUGACAUAUUUUUGUUGACAUUCUGAAGCCGAAAUUGUCAACAGAAUAUGUCUGAAAACCAACUAUUGCCACAGCGUACCUCUGAGGCUGAAAGAAAGCAAUGUUGUCGACAAAAUAUUUCUGAAGAACAACUAUUGGCACAAUGUACCUCUGAAGCUGAAAAAAAGCGACAUGUUGACAGAACAUGUCUGAAGAACAGUCAUUGACAAGUACUACCAAUACUGGUAGGAACUGCCUUCAAAGCGAAAAUGAGGUAAAUGAGGAUGCAGUUAUCGAACACAGUUGUGGUGGAAGGACUGUUACACUUUUGCCUAUCCCUAAAUUUCUCCAAUGAAAAUCCAUCUGAUGGAAAAUU